AUGAAGCUUAACCACAUGUGCUUCAUUUUACCAGCAGAAUCUGUUGAGAUGGAGAUGGUGGAUCACAAGCAAGAGGUCCAAGACCAUAGGCAAGCUAAGAAAGAUUCAUCUGAACGCCAUUGUGGGGCUCGGAUUCUUGGUUUCCUUAGUGAAUUACUUCAGGGGUUCUUUGACUCAAAAUGGGUGAGUUUUUGUCACCAAGAAGAACUGAAAAAACAACCCUCAGGCUUGUUCCAGGACAUGGAAGGAGUCCAAUUCUCAGAAAAGAUUGGUGGCGACAAUCCGAGGAUAUUCAGCUAUGCUGAGCUCUACAUAGGAUCAAAGGGAUUUUGUGAGGAUGAAGUUCUUGGCAGUGGAGGGUUUGGGAAAGUGUACAGAGCAGUUUUACCUAGUGAUGGAACAGUGGUUGCCGUGAAAUGCUUGGCAGAGAGAGGAGAGCGGUUUGAGAAGACAUUUGCGGCUGAGUUGGUGGCAGUGGCUCAUCUCCGCCACCGGAACCUUGUCCGCCUCCGUGGAUGGUGUGUUCAUGAAGAUCAGUUGCUUCUUGUCUAUGAAUACAUGCCCAAUCGGAGUCUUGAUAGAAUACUCUUCAAAAGACCAGAAAAUAUGGCGUCAACUACUCUUACUUGGGAGCGUCGAAGAAAGAUUGUUAAAGGGUUGGCAGCUGCGUUGGUCUAUCUCCAUGAACAGUUGGAGACUCAAAUCAUACACCGAGAUGUGAAGACGAGCAACGUGAUGCUUGACUCUCACUAUAACGCGCGGCUUGGUGAUUUUGGCCUGGCUAGGUGGCUCGAACACGAACUUGAGUACCAAAUUAGGACACCAUCAAUGAGGAAUCACCAGUUUCGGUUAGCAGACACGACCAGAAUUGGUGGAACAAUUGGGUAUCUACCACCGGAAAGCUUCCAAAAGCGAAGCAUUGCCACUUCAAAAUCUGAUGUUUUCAGCUUUGGGAUUGUGGUUCUAGAGGUUGUGUCAGGACGAAGAGCGGUGGACCUCACAUACUCAGAUGACCAGAUCAUUUUGCUUGAUUGGAUCAGAAGGCUUUCUGAUGAUGGGAGGCUUUUACAAGCAGGGGAUACUAGGCUUCCAGAUGGGUCUUACAAGCUUUCUGAUAUGGAACGGUUUGUUCAUCUCGGUCUUCUCUGCACGCUUCAGGACCCACAAUCCCGGCCUAACAUGAAAUGGGUUGUAGAAGCACUUUCUGGAAAUAUUCAUGGCAAAUUUCCGGAUCUCCCAUCAUUUAAAUCCCACCCGCAAUACAUUUCUUUGUCUUCCCCAACCAAUAGUAGCACUAGCAACACAACCAACACGAGGUCCACCACCAUCAUCACGCCAGCACCACCACCACAGCAGCUGCGUCAAUUCAUCAGUCUUUUUCACUGCCACGGGAGAAACCAUAUAUGCAAGUGCUGA